AUGAGACUUUAUCUGGUGGUUAAAAAUAUCCUAGAGAUCUUUUGGAGAGGAGAGAAAGGAAGUCAACUCCUUUUCAGGAUUGAGCUGACCCGUUUCUCAUUAUGCUCUGUUUCAACUUGGGGGAGCAGUGGUCGAACCCCUGUUUUAAUAGGACAAAGGGUUGGUCAUGCAAGGUGGUCGGGGUGGUCGUGCGAUGUGGAGAUUGAGCAUGUGAGGUCGUGCUACGUGGAGAUUAAGCAUGCGAGGUUCUCAAGUAGGUCAUGCAAUGUUGAGAUUAAGCUCAUCGUUGCGAUUAAUACACCAUGCAUGCAAGGUGGUCAAGUCGGUCAGGCAUAUAAGGUGAUGUGGUUGGUCAUGCAUGCUAGGUGGCCAGGUCAAUAUUUCAACGUGAUGAAUGACCAUGCAAUGUGCUUAGGUCUGUUAUGCAACGUGGUUGAUGAACAUGUGAGCGAGUCGGUCAUUCGACUGGUGAAUGACCAGGUGGCUGGUUCAAGGUCGACACCUCAAGGUGGUCAACUCGGGCAUAAGAUGCAACCUAUUGCGCUUCUUAGGGUCAGUUUUACUUGGACUACGGACGUUGUUUCUGGCGGAGACAAGCUUCAUGGUGGAGAGAAGGGAUUCACCUUGCACGAAAGAGUGAGGUCAGUUGGGUGCCGAUCAGGUACCUCUUAUACCAGCUCAGGUAUGUUAGGUCAGCUGGUGUUGAUUAGAUACCUCAACUGGGCUAAGCGGUUGAGGUCAACUUGUGUCGACCAGGUACAACAGCUUGGCUAG